GCCAACAUGGCGUCAGACCCGCCCAUACUGACAGAGCAGCUGGAGCUGCAGAGGAGAGCCAAUCAGGUCACGGAUGAGUCUCUGGAGAGCACAAGGCGGAUGAUGCAGCUGGUUGAGGAGAGCAAAGACGCUGGGAUCAGAGCUGUGGUUAUGCUGGAUGAACAAGGAGAGCAGUUGGAGCGUAUAGAGGAGGGCUUGGAUCAGAUCAACUCUGAUAUGAAGGAGGCAGAGAAAAACCUGACUGACCUGGGCAAGUGCUGUGGCCUCUGCUCCUGUGAUAAACUGAAGGCCUUUGAGGAGAGCGGGGCGUACAAGGCAGUUUGGGGCGGAGGGUCCGGUCAGGACGGCGUGGUGUCCAAUCAGCCGCCGUCGUCCCGAGUCGUUGAUGAGAGGGAGCAAAUGAUCAUGAGCGGAGGACACAUACGGAGGGUGACUAACGAUGCCCGGGAGGACGAGAUGGAGGAGAACCUGACUCACGUCGGCAGCAUCAUCGGAAAUCUGAAGAGCAUGGCGCUGGACAUGGGCAACGAGAUAGACACACAGAAUGUCCAGAUCGAACGCAUACAGGGAAAGGCUAUUCUCAACGUGUCCCGCAUCGACGCUGCCAACCAGAAAGCCAACAACCUCAUUAAACGAUAGAAGGAG